GCGGCCGGCCGGAGCGGCUGCUGACUGGCGAGGAGGAAGUGGAGACAGGAGACGUGGAAGAAACCUGCCGCCUCGUAUCAGACGGUGGAAAAGGAGCGGGGAUUUUCUUCUUGUUGUAGCGGCGGGAGCCGUCGCGGAAGGUGGCAGCAUGAAUGUUGGAGUAGCCCACAGUGAGAUGAAUCCCAACACGCGAGUGAUGAACAGCCGAGGCAUUUGGUUAGCUUACAUCAUUUCUGUGGCUGUGCUCCAUAUCAUCUUUCUUAGCAUUCCCUUCUUCAGUGUCCCUGUGGUCUGGACUCUAACUAAUGUUAUCCAUAACCUGGUGAUGUAUUGGUUUCUCCAUACAGUGAAAGGGACUCCCUUUGAAACGCCUGACCAGGGCAAGGAUCGCUUACUCACACAUUGGGAGCAGAUAGACUAUGGCACACAAUGGACAUCCUCCCGCAAAUUCUUAAGCAUUUCCCCAAUCAUCCUGUACAUUUUAACCAGCUUUUAUACAAAAUAUGACCCUGUGCACUUCGUAAUCAACACCACUUCACUCCUAAGCGUCCUCUUGCCCAAAUUACCCCUGUUCCAUGGGGUCCGUCUCUUCGGUAUCAACCAGUAUUGAAGUGGAAGGGAUCUUGGCACUGCUGACACGUUAUUCUUCCAAAGGAAAACUUUUGCCAAGAAAGUGUGGGCAAAGCUGUGGUUGCAUCACCUCGGACUCUCUGGAACCAGGUUUUGCUGGGUGAGGCAGGCCGAGUUGCCACUGGUCAAAUGACUGAGCUGUAUGGAGCAUUCUUCGGUAUUUCUGGCAAGGAAAUCUAAGCCAUUUUUUCUUGUGGCUAGUCUAUACUAGGGGUGGAAUUCUCUGGAGGAAUGAAACAAUAGUUGAGUGGCCAUGCGAACGUGAGUUCUCUAGCUCUCCUGUGUAAAAAAAUUCCUGCUUUUGUCCUUAGUGGUGGGGGACUGGGAUCCCUUGUCUUUCUUCAAAUGUGGUUGUGCUGUUAUAAAUUUCCAGAGUUUUCCCACUCAGGAAAGUGAAUUAGCCUGCUGUGUCAGGUCUCAUACUUAUGGUUCUAAGCUGUGCAGAUAAUAUAUUUUGUAAAUACUCAUGUGGUAUGAACGUAUUAGCAUAACUUUGUUCAUUCCGGUUGAAUGCAAGGUAUGGAGUACUCCCUUUUGCCCUGCCCCUCUACUCCCUCCCCCUUUAAAGUAGGUUUUCUGGUUAUAAAAGGACAAUGUAACACAACAUUGAAGUUGGCAGAUGCAAAUUAAAUUAUACAUUUAGUCAGUGUUCUGUACUGCUUUUGUUCUUUUAUCAACCCUGCUUAUAUCAGCUCCAUGAAGUUGUCAACAUAAAAAGCUAAAAACAUGGGCAUUUAAUCUGUGUAUGAACCUUAUUUGUUGUUAGUUUCUAUCAUAGUUCCCCAGUUUGUUUAAAAAGUACUAG